AUGGCAGAAAGAUUUGCAAGCGAGAAGAAUCAGAUGUUUCCAGUUAUUUCGAGAGAAACAACACAUGGCAAGGCAUCUAACAUCAGAGCCAGGCCACAGAAAAAUACGUCUUCGGGGAUCAAACUCCCACCAUGUCCUAAUAAUCGGAUCCCAAUGCUUACCACAAAACCCUCGGAAAAGGUGGAUUUCAUUAGAGCACCCCUAGCAGAACAAUUUGUGAGCGUUCCUUCUGGAGUGAAAUUUCCAGUGAGUCCUAAACAACCUGUCCAGUUCUGUACCACCAAGCUCUCGGAAAAGCUUUAUAAGCCAAGUCCAUCAUUUGACCUUGAGGAUCCAUAUUGUCGCUUGAUGAGGACAACCUACAAUAACCUGCAUGACCCCUGCUUAAAAGAAUAUUACCAGAGUAAAAUCCCUCGACAACGGAUACGUCAGCAGGGAUUCAUCACCAGCGAUGAUAAGGCAUCUAACAUCAGAGCCAGGCCAACACAGAAAAAUACGUCUUCGGGGAUCAAACUCCCACCAUGUCCUAAUAAUCGGAUCCCAAUGCUUACCACAAAACCCUCGGAAAAGGUGGAUUUCAUUAGAGCACCCCCAGCAGAACAAUUUGUGAGCGUUCCUUCUGGAGUGAAAUUCCCAGUGAGUCCUAAACAACCUGUCCAGUUCUGUACCACCAAGCUCUCGGAAAAGCUUUAUAAGCCAAGUCCAUCAUUUGACCUUGAGGAUCCAUAUUGUCGCUUGAUGAGGACAACCUACAAUAACCUGCAUGACCCCUGCUUAAAAGCAUAUUACCAGAGUAAAAUCCCUCGACAACGGAUACGUCAGCAGGGAUUCAUCACCAGCGAUGAUAAGAAGUUAGAGAAACAAGAUAGAGAAAAUUCGUCUUCGACCAAUGAUAAUCCCAAGUUAGUUAGAAAACAUACUUCUUAA